CACAAUAACCAGUUGAUUUUUCCGUGAAAUUUGUCAAGAAUCUGACGUUUCAUAAGAAGUUGGGAAUUCCUAGCAAGAGGUUUACGAUACCAAGGAGUGACUCAUGUACUACUGAGAAGACUUAUGGUUUCGAUAAGCCUUUAGGAAAGCUAUGAGAAGCUUAAGUUAAUGAAAAUCACCUGCGGAACUUAGCGAAUCCAACUUUCUCUAAGGCGCUGCUUCGAAAGAAGAAUCUUACGACCUUGGCAUAAAUCAUCUUACGGGCGGAAACACAUCCAACUCUUAAGAAUACAUCGAUGACGCAGUUAUGGACGUCUUGAGUUACCAAGAGCUGGAGUCUUUGAGAUAGCAAAACGAAGCCCAGUGCUGGCCGAGAAGAAAUGCAAUUCAGAGCAUUGAAAGAACGGUAUAGCAACUACAGCAAAUUAUGGCUUCAGGCUUUGUUUAUUUUGUCCUUACUAACUACAAGAUCAGAGGCCGGUGAAAUCACCAUGGGGUUUAGUGUUGCGGCGAGUAAUUCUGCCGCGGUGGCGCUUACAUCAUCAAAAGACUUCGCUUCUGCUUUUCUGCUGGCUGUCGAAGCAGUCAACAAUGAUUCAUCAUUGCUACCCGAGCAUCAAGUAACCUACGUGAGGAACGAUACUCAGUGCAACGAUGAUAUUUCAAUCAAGGCCAUGCUGUAUCAGCUGGAGAAAGGUGUUCACGUUAUCAUAGGACCUGGAUGUACCUGCGCGACGGAGGCGAAGUUGGCAUCGGCCGCGAAUGUCCCUAUGAUUUCGUAUGUGUGCAUCGACGAAAAACUCUCUGAUAAAGAACUGUUUCCUACAUUCGCUCGGACAGUGCCACCAAUCAGCAGACUUUCUCCGCCUCUGCUCGUACUAAUGGAGCAUUUUAAAUGGACUCGCGUUGGAAUAAUUGCUCAAACAAAUCAACGGUGGUCUCAUUGGAGUGCAUUAGAAAGCGACCUGAGAAACGGGGGCGUGGUAAUUGGCAUCACUCGGGCCCUGACGUUGGGUGUCCAUUUUAACGUGUCCAGUUUAUUACCCGAAUUCGAAAAACUUCUUCAGAAAGUGGCGGAAGAGUCUCGAAUCGUCAUUCUAGCCAUGGAUUACGCUUAUGCAACCCAGGCAUUGAAUUACGCCGAAAAAAUUGGUUUAAAUGACGGUCGCUUUGCGUUCAUCAUGUUUGAGCUGGAUUUAGACCUCACUGGGAAUAAGAGUUACAACCUUUCCAAAACAUGGGGAAGUAAUUCGAAAAACACAACAGGGGCAGUCUUCCAGUCAGCUUUACUAAUUUCUGUGAACAACAACGUAAGCAAGGAAUACUUGGCUUUCGUAGACGAUGUGAAAAAUAGGAGUUCAGGAUCCCCAUUUUACAGCCCUGUGUCUUCAGGGCACAUGCCUCCUAUACAAGCAGCUUACCUGUACGACGCGGUUUUUCAGUACGCAGUUGCCUUAAAUAAAACUUUAAACAGUGGAGGGAUUUCAGAUGGCCAGAAAAUUGUUCAGGAGAUGCUGGGACAACACUUCAAAAGUAUUCUUGGCUAUGAUCGUUACAUCAACAAAAACGGCGAUGCAGAUUUUAGCGUGGUGUUGAUGGAUUAUCGAGAAACCAAUAACGGAAUGUUCCAGCUGGUCGGAGAAUUUGUUGUUGACAAGAAAGGAGGGCACAAACUUCUUUUGAACAACGACUCGGUUGUUUGGCCAAAUAAUGGUUCUGUACCUACAUCUGAUGUACUGCAAUGCAGGUCAUGUGACGCCAGGUGCUAUAACGAAGGUAAUUUAACGAUCGGCCUGAUUCUUCCUUACUCGACACCAAUUGGCGGUCGCGGCCUCUACGGGAAAUUCUACGCGUCUGCUAUCACCAUCGCUGUGGACAACAUCAACAAAGAUCCUAAUCUUCUGCCCGGAAUUCGCCUCAGAUUCGUAUGGGAUGACUCAGAAUGCUUGGAAGAGAAGUCAAUAAAUGCACUUAUCAGUCAAUUCGAGAGAAAAGUGGACGCUUUCAUUGGAUUCGGUUGCGAUUGUCACACGCAAGCAAGAAUGGCUGCGGCCUUAAAUUUGCCUGUUAUCUCUCAUCUGUGUAGAUCAAACGCGGUUUCCGAUAAACAGCUCUAUCCGACCUUUGCACGAACCAUCUUCGGCGAUAAUAGUAUCGGUCCGUCGGUGUUGGCGAUUAUGGAUUAUUUUGACUGGAACUUGGUUGGAAUAAUCAGCAAGGAGGAUCGCGACUGGAAACGAAGAGCAGAUUUCUUAGAAUCGUUUUUGGUUUCAGCUGGAAAAACUGUCACAAUACACAGAAGGGUAUCGCAUCCUCGUAGGUACUUAGUUAAAGAACAUGGGGAACAAUUCAAGGAAAUCUUAAGGCAAAGUAAAAACAAAGCCAGAAUCAUUAUACUUGCCAUGGAACAAAGUCUUGUAAGAGAGGCAAUGUACUAUGCCUCUAAACUGGAAAUGAACAAUGGGGAUUACGCCUUCAUUGCUUUUGAACUCGAUCCUGUUCUGGUUGGAAGAUAUGCAGCAGAUCCAACGCUUUUGUUUGAAGGCAAACACAAUUCAACGAGGACUAAGUAUCUUUCUGAGCAAGAGAAAAAGGAGUUUUACGACGCGUAUAAAUCGAUGUUAUUCAUGGUUUUUAACACUCUUGGGAUCGGGAAGUAUGAGAAUUUUGCAGUUGAAAUGAAACGCAGGAUGUCUGAUCCGCCAUUUUGUAGUGACGCUUACGAGGGGUAUCAACUCGUUGUAGGAAAUUACAGUUUUCCAAAAUUUAACAGAACGGCUCCCAUAGAGACAGCUUACCUUUACGACGCGACUUACCUGUAUGCUAUUGGAGUAAAUAGGACAAUUUCGGAAGGAAAGAACGCUACUGAUGGAAGAACAGUGUUGAAAAAUCUCUAUGGAAAACCAUAUUCCAGCAUUCUUGGCUAUGAUAUUUUUCUCGACAAAAAUGGAGACGUACAACACAACCUCACAGUAAUGGACUUCUAUGAAGACACAAAGGGACCUAGGUUUGAAAACAGAGGGAUGUUUAAACUGGGAGAUGAUGAAAACAACACCAUCUCUUUCUAUCUGUAUCCGAACGCGACCAUUUCGUGGAUCAAUGGCAAACCUCCUACUGAUGCUCCCAAAUGUGGUUUUGAAAAUGAAAAGUGCAUCGAGGAGGAGGAGGAAAGAAAGCUUUCGGUGGCGGAAAUCGUAUCCAUUUGUCUUGGUGUCAUAGUGGUAGUCAUUCUGAUUGCUGGGGCCAUCAUUUACAGAAAACAGAAACUCGAGAAAGAACUCGCAAGCAAUUCUUGGCGAGUGAGCUACAGCGAAAUUUCUCUAAGGACGAGACAAGUAGGGUCUCUACGCAGCCAGGUUAGCUUGGUUUCCGCUGAGAGCUUUGAUAACCUCAAUCAACGCCAGCUGUUUACACUUGUCGGCUCAUGGAGGGGAAAUACAAUUGCUGUAAAGAGAAUCGACAAGAAAAACGUGGAACUGAAUAGAGAGAUAAGAAUGGAGCUCAAGCAGAUGCGUGAUGUCCAUCAUGACAACUUGGCACAGUUCAUGGGCGCAUGCGUAGAGACUUCCAACAUCUGCAUCUUGUUCCAGUACGGACCAAAGGGAAGUUUACAGGACAUUCUUGAAAAUGAAGACGUGAAACUGGACACAAUGUUUGUGACGUCAUUGGUGACAGACAUUGUGAAGGGCAUGGCCUAUUUGCACACUACAGACAUCAAAUCACACGGGGGCCUGAAAUCGUCAAACUGUGUGGUAGAUAGCCGCUGGGUCCUGAAGAUUACCGAUUAUGGGCUCACAAAGUUCAAAGCAAAUCAAGCUGAAAGAGAUGAAGGAGAUUAUGCCAAGUUCUACCGUAUGAUAUGGACCGCGCCUGAACUUCUGCGCAUGGAAGAAGGUCAACACGGUAAAGGCACUCAGAAAGGAGAUGUGUACAGCUUCGCUAUCAUUUGUCAGGAGCUACUGACUCGUUCAGGGCCUUUUGACAUGUCUUACUAUCACACUGAGCCAAAAGAAAUUAUCCAGAGAGUCACGAUGGGAGAGAACCCACCUUUUCGUCCGAAGCUAGGUAACAUUGGGAAAGAAUGCGAAGUCCCUGGCCUAGUACAAAUGACGGAAAAAUGUUGGAACGAACAACCCGAAGCCAGACCUGAGUUUGAAGAUUUGAAGAGACAAAUUCGAAAAAUGUCUGUUGGAAGGCAAACAAACAUAAUGGAUAACAUGGUAAACAUGUUGGAAAAAUAUGCAAACAACUUGGAAAGUUUAGUGGAGGAAAGAACAUCACAGCUAGCCGAUGAGAAACGCAAAACAGAGAAUCUCUUGCACCGAAUGCUUCCUCCACCCGUUGCACGUGACCUUGUUAAUGGAAAGACCAUAGUGCCAGAAAAAUUCGAUGAAGUAUCGAUUUUCUUUAGCGACAUCGUUGGUUUUACGUCAUUAUCUUCGGAGAGCACGCCUUUUCAGGUUGUGGAGCUUUUAAAUGAUUUGUACACAUUGUUUGAUGACAUCAUCAGUAAUUACGACGUAUACAAGGUGGAGACAAUUGGUGACGCUUAUAUGGUUGUGUCAGGAUUGCCAAUCAGGAAUGGACAACAACACGCCGGGGAAAUAGCAAGCAUGGCUCUGCACAUGCGCAAAGAGAUAUAUGAUUUUAAAAUACAUCACAGGCCUCAUGAACAGUUAAAGCUCAGGAUAGGAAUUCACAGUGGACCUGUUGUCGCGGGCGUGGUUGGUAACACUAUGCCUCGUUACUGUUUGUUUGGUGACACUGUGAAUACUGCCUCUAGAAUGGAAUCCAAUGGUGAAGCUCUAAAGAUUCAUAUCAGUCCGGACGCCAAGAAUCUUCUUGAAUUUCUCGGUGGUUAUCAAAUUGAAAAGAGAGGAGAAGUAUUUUUAAAGGGUAAAGGUACUUGGAUAACAUUCUGGCUCGAAGGAUCUACUAAGCCACUGAGAACACAUCAUCAUGGACUGAAUAAAGAAAAGCACACGACGCAGCUGGUUCUUAAGCAAGAUGUAAAAAACGGCUGGAAAUUAGUCAAGGAUUUACUGCCAAAACUUGUAAAGCAGUCUAAACAUGGAACACUCCCCUCUAUCAAACCGUCUCCCUUACCCAAGCGUUGCGUCCAGCUGCCGCCAAUAACAUCAUGAGCUUUCAUCCGGGACAUUUUUUUGGUGCACAAUGUAUGACUGUGGUGCAGUCUUCGGCUUUCCAACGACUUCCCGACACAGUGUUGUGCUUGUCUGUUCAUUAAUUAUUAAACAGAAUGUUCAAGACGGAACUUAGUAAGAUAAUUUGUAUUUGUUUGGUGGGCGGCUCAGGAUGUCUACAAGCGAUGCUGAUAUGGACUAAUUCAUGUGUCACUAAACGAUGUUGCACAUGGCCACUUGCGAAAGAAACAAAUAUUCAUUGCAAUUGACAAUUUCCCUGAAAACAGUCAAUAUGGAAAAGCCGAUAGGUACUUUAUUUGGCUCAAAUAUCAUAGUCCCAUAGGAAGGAACUCCAGUCAAGACGAGGCCCUGAUAGGGUAAAUUCCGACGGGCGACAUGGCGUUGAAACGGCGACAUCAGGGAAAUGAAAAUGCGACUUCGAGCACGACGUUGAUGAAAUUGGGACAGCGACAUCAGAACCUUCCGAGAAAGUUUGAAAUUCAGACGGGCGGCAUCUAUACCCCCCCUAACAGGACCUCCAAGAUGGUAUUGCAUAAACACUUAAGACCGUGGACAUGAAAGAAAUAGUAGGUUUUUUAUUUGAUAUUCGAGAUUAAGCCAGGCAUGUAGGUGGCUGCUACAUGUUUUAUGCUUCGCACCAAACGAAGGAAAAAGUUGAGAAAAAUUCAAAAUGCUCUUUGAUUUUUCUUUUUCUUUUUCGCGAUUCUUGUACCAUACGUAAAAAUUCAUACUUUAUCAAGGAUAGGUCAAUAUUUACCGUGAACCAGAGUCUUGUCGAUACACACAUAAGAAAUACAACAGGUCUGAUUAACUGAAAAAUGCUUUUUUUUUCUUAGUCAAUUCAAAUUUAUGCAAAAGCUGAGCAGCUGCGACAGCAAGCUGAUUUACAUUUUUCAAAAGGAACGUUUAGUGAAGACAAUCCGAUUUGGGUCCGCUACUAACAAGUCUAGGUUGCCAUAAAUCUAAGAAAAAGGAGGAUUAGGUAAGUUAUUGAUCACAAUUAAAGUUAAAACCGGUCGCACACGAUUUCUUUACGGUUACAAACCGCUGCGUCGCGGUAAAAUUCUUUUGAAUCGUUCUGACAGUUCCGUUUGAUGCGGGUGAUAAUUACUUUUUAUAAUCAGGGUCGAGAAAGAGAGAUAUUGUAUAUAACCCGGGAGAUAUAUAGUGUAAACCCAAAUUCCAUUAUGCUUAUGCAUUCGACUUUUCCUUCCUUCAACUUCAUUCUUUUGUCUUGAUGAUAUAUCAUAUCUUGCAUAAAUUGUUUUAAAUCUGAGAAGUCAGAUGUUCCCAAGCUUAAGCUUAAUUAUUUUUUUUUUCCCGCUUUUAAUCAAACGUUCCGCCGUUGUUUUAGAAUCCAGGUGGAAUUGAAUGCUACAAGAAAUGCGUAGCAAAAGAAAAAUUUAGGUUGUAAAUGAAAUCAAAGGUGCGAAUUUACUAAAAGAAAUCUUAUCAGAAAUUGAUAACUUGGGAAAUAUAGUGGCGCCUUGGGUUCGCGCAUGAAGCCAUAAUUCAUUUAAAUGACGCUUCCUUAUCUCUGUGGAAUAAUUGACAUCGGUUACUAUAACUGGCGGAAUAUGACCUCAUUUCAAAUGAACGAUCUAUCGUUCAGAUAGAUCUACGGUAUGUAAAUUCUGUCUAUUUCAACAUUUCGUUGUUUUUAGCCUUCUCGUCGUCUCUAUAUUUUUUACUAUCUCGAUUUAGCUCUGUUUGAUAGCUAAUACUUUUUAUAAGUAAUAGAUAUGUUCAGAAAUCGUUGAAAAGGAAUUUUAAACUUAGUUCAAAAACAGUUCACAAAAUCCUGCAUUUUAUAACUAAAAUACUCUUUCAGUCAUUUGCGAAGCGAACGUAAUUACUUUUUCUACUGCUACAUUCUAGCUUCCCGGUGCGAUAAAUUUAUCCGGUAAUAUAAUCGACUUACGUAAUUAGCUGUACAUAAGCUCUAACCAAAAAUAAUAGCUAAUCGUUUGUGGUAUGUUAAAAAAUGUUACACUAUGCAUCCAAUCUUGUAUUAAUCAACAACCUAUGGUGCAUCUAGAAAUAUGUAUAAAUUUUAAUUAAAGGAGGUGCAGAUAUCUUUUACCAUA